AUGGCAGCGAUUGCAUACGCGAACCAACACGUUGGAAAUGGUGCCAUCAUUAAUUCAAAGUGGAUUCUAACGUCCGCCAGUGCCGUCUUCUUUGUAGAGGAAGCACUGUACUACGUAAAGGUUGGUGCGGACAGCUUCACGAGCCCAGGCUUUUGGUACGAGGUGUUUCAUAUCUACAGACAUCCAGAGUUCGUCGGCUGGGACUACAAUAUCGCUCUGAUACAGCUGAAAGACAAUGUCAGAUACACUGAGACUGUGAAGCCAAUCGCGCUACCCGGUGACGAUCCAGAAUUCUUCACUGGAAAGUUGCUUUCUUACGGCCAAAAUGAGCAUGGAACGCGGCAUCUUCGCGAGGCUGACUACACAAUCGUCGCUGAUGAUCGUUGCGUUAAUUUUCUAACCGAUAGUUCAGCCAGACAAAUGAUUAUAGAUAAACAGGGAUACUGUCUGUUCGGUCACGACCAGGGACAGUUUUACAGCGAUGCAGGAGCACCGGUGGUCGCGAAUGAUCAACUGUACGGAUUGUUUGCGUUUGCCGAGCACCAUGGUGGCGUUAAUGAUGGAUCCGUUGCGACACGCGUAUUCAAGUUUACGACAUGGAUUCAGGAAAAGAUGACGCAAAUAGGUUAA